UCCAAUACUUGCAGUUUUUAGAUUGGAACACUUGAUAAAUAUUUCAUUAUCCAUGAUUAAAGAUAGAAGAAUUCCUGUUACUACUGAUGCUCAUCACACAACUGUUGUUUGUUCCUGAUCCCUGUAAAGUUUUUAUCCAUCUUCAUGAUUCAGUUUUGAGUGUCUUUCUGGUUAUAUAUGUCUCACAAAUUGGAGAAUUUUUCAGGUGUGAACUGUAUGUCUUCGAUUUCUUCUCUAGACUUUGUUAAUUUUAAUGUUUUAUUUAGUUCGGAUGAUGGACAAACGUUUUGUUUUGUUUGCUUUAAGUGGAGGAGGAAUCUGAAAAUUGUUUUUGUUGAGAUGUUGAUGCUAUGUUAGCUUUGAGUUGUUUAAUACAACACCUGACCCAUCUGCAUCUCUUCAAUCAUCCUUUGUUUCUGUGCGUGUCAAAAUCUGGUUAAUCAAAUAUUUUUCUGUGCUUCAAAAUGACCUUUCUGCAGUAUUCACUGACCAGAUAAGGUGGCAGAAAUGAGAAAUCAACACCAAUGAUUUAUGUUGAUCUUUUAUAAAUUAUGAGAAUGCGGUCUGCUUUAGGUAAAGAAUGCUUUUUCUUUAUAAAGUACACCGGAGAAUCAAACUUUUACUUUUUCUUUUUGAGUUCUAUUUUUUCUUGGAUUCUUAACUAUCACAAUAGUGCCCUUUGUUUUUCUUUUAACUUCUCCCUUCUUGGUUGUUUCUGAAACUUAUAACCACCGAUUUGUGAGGCAAUUUCUUUAUUCUCGGUGAAAAAUGCACUUUAGUCCCCCAUUAUCUAAAGUUCAGAGGCAAACCUUUGGCUUUUUACUUUUUCUUUUUAAAUGGAGGAGUCAGCAUAACACUUCAGGUAUUGAAUGAAAGAAAAUGCCUCAACUGAUGCAUUUGAAAGAAGGAAGUUCCCUUUCUUUGUAAAUGCUACAGGAUCAGCCAACAACUUGCUGCAACUUCCAAAGCCAGACUAGGAGAGAAUGAAGAACAGUUAAGCUCAGAAGCCGGAACCAUCACUUGCCUUGAUUUUGCAUAAAACAAUAACCAUGAAGUUGCAGUUCUCAAUUGUUACACUUGUUCUAUUCGGCUCCACACUGUCUCUCUGUGGCCUGAUUGUAGCUGACUUGAACUCUGACAAACAAGCUCUGUUGGAGUUUGCUUCAAGUGUUCUACAUGCCCCAAGGCUCAACUGGAAGAAUGACUCUGCUUCAAUUUGCAUGUCAUGGGUUGGUGUGACAUGCAACUCAAAUGGCACACGUGUCAUAGGCCUUCACCUUCCAGGAAUGGGAUUAACCGGGACCAUUCAAGAGAACAGCAUAGGAAAACUAGAUGCUCUUAGGGUCCUCAGUCUUCAUUCUAAUGGCCUAAGAGGAAAUCUUCCUUCUAACAUCCUCUCUAUUCCUUCACUCCAAUUUGUAUACCUUCAGCACAAUAACUUCUCUGGUGCAAUUCCUUCUCCUGUGUCCCUUAAACUCUUUGCAUUUGAUAUCUCCUUUAACUCCUUUUCUGGCAGCAUCCCACCUACAUUUCAGAACCUGAGAAGACUCACUUGGUUGUAUCUCCAAAACAAUUCCAUAUCUGGUGCUGUUCCUGACUUCAACCUUCCAAGUCUCAAACAUUUGAACUUGAGCUAUAAUAACUUCAAUGGCUCAAUUCCAAAUUCCAUAAAGACAUUCCCUUAUUCUUCUUUUGUCGGGAACUCUCUCUUAUGUGGGCCACCACUAAAUGAUUGCUCCACAAUCUCCCCUUCUCCAUCUCCUUCCACUGAUGAUUACCAGCCACUCACCCCACCUACCACCCAAAACCAAAAGGGUACCAACCAUAAGAAAAGCUUUGGCCUGGCUCCUAUCCUUGCUCUAGUCAUUGGGGUCUUUGCCUUCCUCUCUCUGCUAGUUGUAGUGAUCUGUGUGUUCUGUUUGAAGAGGAAGAAGAACAGUAAAAGCAGUGGCAUACUGAAAGGAAAGGCUUCUUGUGCUGGAAAGACAGAGGUUUCAAAGAGUUUCGGAAGUGGGGUGCAAGGGGCUGAAAAAAACAAACUAUUUUUCUUUGAAGGUUCCUCUUCAAGCUUUGACCUUGAGGAUUUGCUGAAGGCUUCAGCUGAAGUUCUUGGAAAAGGAAGUUAUGGAACAGCAUACAAGGCUGUUUUGGAGGAGGGAACAACAGUGGUAGUCAAAAGGUUGAAAGAAGUUGUGGUAGGAAAGAAGGAGUUUGAGCAGCAUUUGGAGAUUGUUGGGAAAUUUGGAAGCCACCCAAAUGUGAUGCCCCUAAGGGCUUAUUACUAUUCCAAAGAUGAAAAACUUCUGGUUUACAACUACAUGCCAGGUGGCAGCUUGUUUUUCCUGUUGCACGGAAACAGAGGUGCAGGAAGAACCCCACUUGACUGGGAUUCCAGAGUGAAGAUUCUGCAUGGAGCUGCAAAGGGAAUUGCUUUCAUCCACUCCGAGGGAGGUCCAAAAUUCACACAUGGCAACAUCAAGUCAAACAAUGUGCUGAUAACCCAAGAACUAGAGGGUUGCAUCAGUGAUGUUGGAUUGCCACCUCUAAUGAACACCCCAGCAACCAUGUCGAGAGGCAAUGGAUAUAGAGCUCCAGAAGUCACAGACUCAAAGAAGAUCACUCAGAAGUCUGAUGUAUACAGCUUUGGGGUGCUGCUGCUUGAAAUGCUGACAGGGAAGACCCCACUUAGGUAUCCAGGGUACGAGGAUGUGGUUGAUCUUCCAAGGUGGGUGAGGUCUGUUGUGAGGGAGGAAUGGACUGCAGAAGUGUUUGAUGAGGAGCUUCUGAGAGGACAAUACGUUGAAGAGGAAAUGGUGCAGAUGCUUCAGAUUGCAUUAGCAUGUGUAGCUAAGGGCUCAGAAAAUAGGCCUAGAAUGGAUGAAGUUGCUAGAAUGAUCGAGGAAAUUAAGCAUCCUGAGUUGAAGAACCGGCCAUCUUCUGAGUCUGAAUCCAAUGCGCACACACCAUGAUCAAUCUUUUUUAUCUUUUCCUUCAACCUUGUUCCAAGAGGGAGAGUAAUAACAUUUCAAGAGAAUUGGAUGUUCUCGUAUUUUGUUCUGUCCUCAAUUAAUAAGCAUGUUUCAUUGUAAAAUACUUUACUCAUGUUUUUAUUCAUGUUGCCCUUAACAGCUUCCUUCAUGUUUCACAAAGUUAUGAAAAAAAUUGGCUGAUUGUUGUUCGGUCUUUAGAAUUAAUUCAAGCUCCAUUUUGCA